UAUAAAGAUACUAUCAGCCCAAAUAACCGUUUUUGCUCGCAAUGCACCACCUAACCAUUACUCACAACAAUGACCAUCGCUAUCACAUCCAUCCCUGCCUCCAAAUACCGCGCCCACUACGACCCUACAAAGGUCCUUCAGCAUCCCGAGUUCCAAACGCUUGCCGAAGAUGCCCCCGAGCUUUCCGACCCCGAUCUCAACAUCGCCUGCGCUUACAAUCCAUCUCAUGAGAUCCACAUGAUCAAGAAGCCUCGAUUCGAGCCCGGUCCUGGUGAAGUGACAAUCCAUGUUCGCGCCACAGGUAUCUGCGGUUCUGAUGUUCACUUCUGGAAGCAUGGCCACAUUGGGCCUACUAUGAUUGUCACAGACGAAUGCGGAGCAGGUCAUGAAUCGGCAGGCGAAAUCGUUGCCAUUGGAGAAGGCGUUACACAGUGGCAGGUCGGUGACCGGGUAGCUAUCGAAGCUGGUGUUCCAUGUGGACUUGCUUCAUGUGAACCUUGUCGUACAGGUCGCUACAACGCUUGUCCGGCCGACGUCUUCUUCUCUACUCCUCCUUACCACGGUACACUCACUCGAUACCACAACCAUCCCGCUGCCUGGUGCCACCGUCUGGCCGAUAACAUGUCUUAUGAAGAGGGAUCCUUGUGUGAACCCCUUACAGUGGCGUUGGCCGGUAUUGACAGGGCUGGUGUGAGACUGGGAGACCCUAUCGUUAUCUGCGGAGCGGGUCCUAUAGGGCUAGUCACUCUUCUUGCUGCCCACGCUGCAGGUUGUACCCCCAUUGUGAUUACCGACCUCUUCGCAUCCCGACUGGAGUUCGCCAAGAAGCUUCUCCCAACUGUCAAGACUGUACUGAUUGAGAAGACUGCAAAACCCGAGGAGGUUGCGAAGCAGAUCAAAGAUGUGGCGGGCAUGCAGCUUUCCAUUGCACUUGACUGUACCGGGGUGGAGAGCAGUAUCAGAUCUGCUAUCUUCUCUGUCAAAUUUGGAGGCAAGGUCUUUGUCAUCGGUGUUGGUCCUUCAGAGCAAAGUUACCCAUUUGGCUACUGCAGUGCCCGCGAGAUUGAUCUUCAGUUCCAGUACAGAUACAACAAUCAAUACCCGAAAGCAAUUCGACUCAUCUCUGGUGGGCUUGUUGACCUGAAACCACUUGUCACCCACCGUUUUACUUUGAAAGAGGCUGUCAAGGCUUUCCAUGUGGCCGCUGAUCCCUCUCAAGGAGCUAUCAAAGUUCAGAUCCAUGAUUGAUGGGAUUAGGCCCAGGCAAUGGCGUCCUUCUGGUGGUAAGAGGUGUGAACUUGGGUUGGUUACAUGGAUAAAUAUCAUUGGGGUCAGGCAUAUGGACAUUUUUGAGUUUUGGGGAUAAUGGUCAUAAAAGUAAAUAAUGUGAAAUAGGAAUUGCAAUGUAAACGAAUCGAAACG